CUCAAGUGUUGGACACUGGGAGAGACUGAGCCUGAAGAGAGGGCUGACUGUACCAUUAGUAGCUAAGGUAUCAACGCAACAUCAGCUACGACACUAUAUAUCAGUGCAGAGGAAGUAACAUUGUAAUUUAUCAGGUUUCUAUGGACCCUUUAUGCACAUCUCACCAAGAGGAGGAGAAGACUGUGAUCAUGAAAGAAGAGAAGGAAACGGAAGACGAGAAGAAACAUGAGGAGGAUGAGAACGAUGAUGAUGAGGAGUCAGAUGAGGAGGAAGAUGAAGAUGAGAAAGAUAAUAGCGAGACAACAGUGAUAGACGGUGAGGAGGAAUCAGAUGACAAAGCCAAGGAGACUGAACCCCGGCAGCAGAAGGAGCAGGCCUGGGCCCCCACUACCUACUCCAAGUUUGGUAAAGAGGUGUUUUGCUACGUAGGAGAGGAGAUCAGCAUCUUUGAGGCCUUGGACUCUUACGGUGCUGUCACCUGGCCAGCGGCGUUGGCUCUGUGUCACUACCUAGAGACCAACGUUGAGCAGUUGAACCUGGUGGACAAGGCAGUGCUGGAGCUCGGAGCAGGUCCUGGCCUAGUGUCUAUUGUAGCCACACUCCUAGGUGCCUGGGUCACAGCUACAGACCUACCAGAGAUCAUAGGUAACCUGAGAGCCAACCUGCUCCGUAACACAAGAGGGCGCUGUAGGAACACUCCCCAAGCUGCAGCUCUGUCCUGGGGUCCUGACGUGGAACGCAUCUACCCCAGAUCUGUCUAUCGCUAUGACUACGUGCUGGCGGCUGACGUGGUGUAUCACCAUGACUACCUGGAAGAGCUGCUGUUCACCAUGAGAUACUUCUGCCGUCCAGGAACCACUCUGAUCUGGGCCAACAAGGUCCGCCUCAAGACAGACCUGAGCUUCACAGAGAACUUCAAGAACACGUUCAACACCACCCUGCUGGCUGAGAUUGGAGAGGUAAACAUAUUAAUGGGCACGUGUCGAGAAACAGAGGAGAAACCAGAGCUAGACCCAGGAAAACAACAGGAAGAGGAGGAGGAACCAGAGCUGGACCCAGGAAAACAACAGGAAGAGGAGGAGGAGCCAGAGCUGGACCCAGAAAAACAACAGGAAGAGGAGAAGGAACCAGAGCUGGACUCAGGAAAACUACAGGAAGAGGAGGAACCACAGCUGGACCCAGGAAAACAACAGGAAGAGGAGGAGGAAGAACAUGUCUGUUUACAGGUGGAGGAAAAUGGUUUAGAGGAAAAGGAGGAAGAGUUUGAAGCAGAUCAAACAACUGAGAAUGAGGAAGAAGAGACGCAGAAGGAGGGACUGAAAGAGGGGAACAAGGACAGAGAAAACCAGGUAGACUCUCAGGAUUGCAGAGACGACGAAGAGCAGCAGAAUUCUGCUGGCUCACGUUCUACCUCCGAAUCAGAGCUUGAGGGUCUUGAGGAGGCAGACACUCAGGACUCAAAUGUCCAACGGGAGGAGAGACCAGUCUGGGUCGAACAGUUUGUUGUGGAGGCAGAUAAAAGGUCAGAGGAACAAGACAACAGUUUGGAGGAGGAGGAGGAAGCUGAUGCAGUUGAUGGCAGUAGCCAAGCUUGGGAGAAACAGAUGUUGGAACAUAGUGAUGAAGGAUAUGGGGAUGAUGAUGAUGCAGAAAACACUAACUCCCGCUGUAGCACCGCGACUGACGAAGACAUUAUCGAGGAGCUGGACACCAAGGAUACAGGAGAUGCCCAGCUGGAUAAUACCCACGUCCCCUGGAUACGACUGGACAGAGAGGUCUACUUCUAUGCUGGGCACAAAAUCAACAUCGUCGAGGCAAUGGACUCCCAUGGCGGAGUGAUAUGGCCAGCAGCAUUGGCUCUAUGUAACUACCUGGAGACCAAUACUGAUGUGAUAGAUCUGAAAGGAAAGCAGGUUUUGGAACUGGGAUCAGGGACAGGAUUAGUGUCUAUCGUCGCCAGUCUACUGGGUGCCCAGGUGACGGCCACCGACCUCCCAGACGUCCUUAGCAAUCUGAGAUACAACUUGCUCCGAAACACCAGAGGGCGCUCUAAAUAUACACCUGAGGUGACAGCUCUGUCCUGGGGUUCUGAGGUGGAACGCACUUACCCACGAUCCGUGUAUCGCUAUGACUACGUGCUGGCGGCUGACGUGGUGUAUCACCACGACUUAGAGGAGCUGUUGGUUACCAUGAAAUACUUCUGUCGUCCAGGAAACACUCUGAUCUGGGCCAACAAGGUCCGCCUCAAGACAAACCUGGUAUUCACUGAAGACUUCAAGAACACAUUCAACACCACCCUGCUGGCUGAGAUGGGAGAGGUUAAGAUCUUCAAGGCCACGUGUAAAAGGUAGGAAUUAUGGAAAGAAGGAUGAGGAACUACUGUCGACAUCCUGCCGACUGUAACCAAGACUCUUUUCUUCUUCCUCUGAGAAAUGCUUGAAGACAGAAGGCGGCCAUCUUGGCUAAUGAUAAUGGACGUUGAUGGACUACUGAUGUUGUUGUUGAUGUUUGUUCUACUUUCAAAUUAUCUACUAUAUAUAGUGCUUUAUUGUUUACUUUGUUUUUACACACGUACUUAGAUAGUUGAUAUUAAUAUUAAAAUGUAUGCACUU